AUGAUGUCCCUCCUCUCCGCUCUUCUCUGCCUCGGGCUGAGUCUGGACCAGAGGACCCGAGUGCAGGCAGGGACCCUCCCCAAACCCACCCUCUUGGCUGAGCCAAGCCCUGUGAUCCCCUGGGGAAGCCCCGUGACCAUCUGGUGUCAGGGGACCCCAGAGGCUGAGGAGUACCGUCUGUUUAAAGUGGGAAGCCCAGCGUCCUUGUACCAACAGAAGCCACUGAAUCCCGGGGACAAGGCCAAGUUCUCCAUCACACACAUGACAGAGCAUGUUGCAGGAAUAUAUCACUGUUAUUAUCGCAGCCCUGUUGGCUGGUCAGAGCGCAGUGACCCCCUGGAACUGGUGGUGACAGGAUCCUAUAGCAGACCUAGCCUCUCCGCCCUGCCCGGCCCUGUUGUGACCUCAGGAGGGAACGUGACCCUCCAGUGUGGCUCAGGGCAGGGAUUUCACAGGUUCAUUCUGACUAAGGAAGGAGAUCACAGGCUCUCCUGGGCCCUAGACUCACAGCCACAGCCCAGUGGGCAGUCCCAGGCCCUGUUCCCUGUGGGCCCCGUGACCCCGAUUCACAGGUGGACGUUCAGAUGCUAUGGCUGUUCCAGGGUCAGGCCCCACAUGUGGUCACACCCCAGUGAGCCCCUGGAGCUCCUGGUCCCAGGUGAGUCUGGGAAGCCCUCCCUCCUGAGCCAGCAGGGCCCCAUCGUGGCCUCCGGACAGAGCCUGACCCUCCAGUGUCGCUCUGAUGUCGGCUAUGACAGAUUCGCUCUGCACAAGGAGGGGGGACGGGACCUCCCCCAGAGCCCUGUCCUGCAGCCCCAGGCUGGGCUCUCUCAGGCCCUCUUCCCCCUGGGCACUGUGAGCAGCUCCCACGGGGGCCGGUACAGAUGCUACGGUGGAUACAACCUCUCCUCUGAGUGGUCGGCCCCCAGUGACCCUCUGGACAUCCUGGUGGCAGGACAGCUGUCUGACAGACCCUCCCUCUCGGUGCAGCCAGGCCCCAGGGUGGCCUCAGGAGAGAACGUGACCCUGAGGUGUCAGUCACAGAGCCUGAGGGACACGUUCCUUCUGUCCAAGGAGGGGGCAGCCGAUCCCCCCUCUCGUCUGAGAUCAGAGCACCGAGCUCAGCAGUUCCAGGCAGAGUUCUCCAUGAGUCCUGUGGCCUCAGCCCAUGAGGGCACCUACAGGUGCUACAGCUCACACAGCUCCUCCCCCUUCCUGCUGUCACUCCCUAGUGAGUCUCUGGAGCUCCUGGUCUCAGAACCCUCUCGAGGACCCAGCCCCCCACCCACAGGGCCCAUGUCCACAGCUGCCUCCCACCCCGAAGACUACACCGUGGGGAAUCUCAUCCGGAUGGGCGUGGCUGGAUUGGUCAUGGUGGUGCUCGGGGUGCUGGUAUUUCAGGCUGGAAACAGCCAGAGACAGACCCAGGAUGCAGCCAGGAGGUGAAUGCAGAGGGAACAAUGCACAGUUCAGAGGGGGAGCCUUGGAUCCCAUAUGAGGACCCCAGGAGGCACUGAAGGAAAGUGGGGACUAUGCGUUGGGAGACCUGCCAGCUGAUUUUUCUAACGGAAUGAACAUGGUUUGGAGCAGGAGAUGUCCGA